AUGCGUACCCCAGACCGUGUGAUUAUGAUUGCUGAGCGAUUAUAUGCAAUGAUAUGUGAAAUGCAGUUGGAGUCUGUGACCAAAUGGUCACCGAGAUGUGUAUACCCGGAUGUUUCUGGAGCAGCUUUUCUUCUUCAGCGGGAACUUCAGUGGUUUAAGGUAGUGGAAGAUAAGGGCUUUCCUUUUCUUAAACAUAUUCGAUCCAAUGGGAGCAGGAAAACAUUGUGGGAAGCUCUUCUAGUACAGCGCCAAAAAUUGCUCAAAGAGGCAAGACAAUGGAUGAAGGAUACGUCAUCAUCUUGUACUCUCAUCGGGACUCUCAUCACUACGGUAGCUUUCGCUGCGGCUUUUGCGGUACCUGAAGUUAACGAUGGUAGUAUGGGGACCUCGAUCUUUCCAAAGAAGGGCUCAUUUAUGGUAUUUGCGGUUGCAAACGCUCUUACCUUCCUCUCCUCUGUUACCUCUACCUUGAUGUUCUUGGCUAUCUUAACUUCACGCUAUGCCGAAGAAGAUUUCCUCCACUCACUGCCGAAAAAAAUGAUAUUGGGCCUUACUUUUCUCUUCCUCUCUUUGGCCUUUAUGAUAGUGGCGUUCAGCUCUGCUCUUAUAACUAUCCUAAGUGAACGAUUCAAGUGGAUUUACAUCCCAAUCACUUUGCUGGCUUCCUUCCCGGUCAUAUUGUUCGCAAUCCUACAGCUUCCCUUGUAUGUUGAAAUGGUCGAAUCCACUUACUGGGCUCGCCUCUACCGUCCCCUGAACCCGAAGAAGAUUUGGAAAUGAUCUAUGAUAUUAUUAGACAUUGGCAUCUGUGAUGUGAUUUUUGUUUGCA